UAUAUGUAAACUUGACUUAUAACUCUCCUCAUGUAUAUCCAUCCUAUAAUAUUCACUCCACUUUUCAUACUGUAUACAUCUUUUUUGUUUAUACUCUGUAAUUGAAUAUGCAUUAUGCUGAUGAGCCGUGAGACUUAAAGCCAACAAACAAUAAACAAUAAACAACAAACAAUACAAUAAACAAUACAAAACAAUACAAUAAACAACAAACAAUACAAUACAAGAUUCAUACGCGCAUUGUCCAUUACUACAUUGCAUUUAUGAGGAAAUGGCGAUCAUUACCAUCUGUAAAGAUACCAAAGAAAAAAAUAUAGGAAAUGUGAAUAUAUGAAAAUAUAGACUCUGGAUGUGCAGUUAAAAGUGUGAAAAAAAAGCAGUAACAAGUAUUUUUUAAAAAGUAGUAAAAAGUAUGAAAAAAGUAUCAUGCGUCUCUUUUUGUGGAAAAUUCAAUAAUUGAUACAAAGUAUAAAGCAGCCAAAUAAAUUAAAGUACUGAUAACAAGGUUUGGAUGACAACUAUAUAGUCAUAGCAACAGACACUCAAAUAGUUCUGUAAUAAUGGGAACAUUUCACUGUAAAACUUUAAUUAAAAAUGAAUUUGACAUUUGAAGUAAGUUUCCAUCACUUGAAGUGUCGAGUACCCAAUACAUAUAUUUUUUCUAACCAGUAUAUCAAUAUUCCCCACGUAAGGUAAUGAUACAGUGUCAAUCUAACGUAUACAACACCGCGCUACCAAUCUCGUCCAAAUACUAUGAAUCAUACACAAUGAAAGUCAUUAGGAUCUUUUACAUGUUUCCUCUGUCUUCCUUAAAGUGUAUUCUUCUAAAUCAGUUGAAAGUAAACUGGGCAAACACUCGCACAAGCCAUGGCCUCUGGGAGGAAUGUUAUUCCGGUGUGCUGUUUCAACAAAUGAGGCCCCGCCCUCCAUUUUCUUUAGAAGUGAGGAGUCUGCCAAUCUCACCAACGGCUGAUUUCACCGCCUCAAUAAGAAACAAAUUCAAAGCAUUGUAUCUGAAGUGGAGACAAAUUGAUUCGGGAGGACUCGCUCAUUCUUCCGUACUUUGUGGAGUUGUUAAGAGUGCUUGUCGACUUACACGAUUUGAUGAGGAUAUGAGCGGUCCAGCGCAGAAAACACCAGACAUGGAUAUGCUAUCAACAUCGUCGUUUGACGGGGACUCUGACGAUAUUACAGUGGACGAUGGUGACGAUUCUCAUUGUUCUUUGUCUGGCAUGUAUUCUUAUUCUGAGAGAGAUCAUCAAACGCACGAAAUGACAUCAUACAGUGUUGACAAGAAGAAACCACUAACGGACAAGUGCAUGGAUGAAAGAGAAUUACAAGCCCUCAGACUGAAGAUAAACUCCAGAGAACGACGGAGGAUGCACGACCUGAAUUCCGCUUUGGAUGGAUUAAGAGAAGUGAUGCCGUACGCACACGGACCAUCAGUCCGCAAACUGUCAAAAAUCGCAACACUGUUAUUAGCAAAAAACUAUAUUCUCAUGCUGAACAAUUCCCUGGAAGAGAUGAAGAAACUUGUAAGUGAUAUCUACCAGACCCACCCAAACAGACCCAGGGCGCCACCUGUCGCUCACAUACAUCAUUCGCACCACCUCCCAGCCCCACAUCUUUCCCCACUUUCUCCAAUGCCUCAGAUUCAACAUCCGGUCCACACAACGGAGGUUGAUAACAUCCGUGCCAGUUCUUCUAAAGAGGGACAAAUGACGCCAUUACCGAAUAUCCACGAGCGACAUAUGCUCUCACACAGAUGGCCCGUGCCGUGCGCGUGCAGUCAGUGCAUGAUGGAUUCUAUGAGGAUGUCUUACAAUUCCAUAGCAACCAAGUAUCCAGGGGCAACUUUACCAAGUCCGUCGUCUUUUCGAAAAUAACUGGCAACUUUGAUGAUUUAACAAACUCGCCAUGACUGUGCCAUAAUUCAUUACUACUGAGUGCCUAUCCUUCGCCUUAUGUACAGACCCAAUCGUUGUGAAUUUUGCAUCCUCAGACCAAUAUACCGAGUAUGUGUUUGUGUGUUUCUGAGAGAAGAAGGACUUUUUCCCGAUGUUUGGAUAACCUUAACGUUUCGAUGAAUAUACUUCUGCCUUCAUCAUCUUUGAUCACGUGACCCAUCGUUUUAUCCCCAGGAUUUCCGAUUCUGUACAAAUCUACCUGGACUGGCGCGCAGUUCCCUUACCCUAUAUAUAACUAUGCACCUUGUCGAUACCGUUAUUUUGUAGAUCUGUACUUUACCAAUAAAGUAUAUGGAACUGUA